AUGGCGGUGGAGGCGACGGAGGAGGGCUCGGUGGCGGCGGCGACGGCGGUGGUGGCGACGGGGGUGGUGGACUGGGUGGUGGCGGUGAGGGUGGCGGGCUCGGCGGAGGCGGCGAAGGCAGCGGCGGCGAGGGUGGCGGUGGCGAGGGUGGCGGCGGAGAGGGUGGCGGCGACGGCGACGGCGGUGACGGCGGUGGAGGGCUCGGCGGCGGCGGCGGCGGCGGCGGCGGCGAAGGUGGAGGCGACGGCGGCGGCGGUGACGGCGGCGGCGGAGAGGGAGGCGGGGGGCUCGGCGACGGUGGACUUGGAGGCAGCGGGCUCGGAGGCGCUGUACUACACGGGCCCGAGCCAUUCGUUUGAGAGUGGCGAUGAGCUCGUGCACGGCCAGCAGGGCGAGGUCGUCGGCCCUGCGACCGAGGGCACACGCCAAGGCAACGGCCUGGUGAUGCUGUUUCCAGGGAACAAAGGCCACGUAAACUGCUAUCUGUCCCGGCUCAGCGUCGAAAAGCCGCCGCCUCUGCCGGGCGGUCACGACCUUGGCGACCAGCUGUACUACACGGGCUCGAGCCAUUCGUUUGAGAGUGGCGAUAAGCUCGUGCACGGCCAGCAGGGCGAGGUCGUCGGCCCCGCGACCGGCGCGCACCAAGGCAACGGCCUGGAGGUGCGGUUUCCAGGGAACAUAGGCUCCAUAAACUGCUCUCUGCCAAACCUCAGCCGCGAGCAGCCGCCGCCUCUGCCGGGCGGUCACGAGGCCGGCGACCAGCUGUACUACACGGGCCCGAACAAGUCGUUUAAGUCUGGAAACAGGCUCGUGCACGGCCAGUCGGGCGAGGUCGUCGGCCCCGCGACCGAGGGCACACACCAAGGUAACGGCCUGCAAUUGCUGUUUCCAGGGAACAAAGGCUUCAUAAACUGCUCUCUGACCUGGCUCAGCCGCGAGCAGGCGCCGCCUCUGCCCGGUGGCUUCAGAGUGGGAGAGGAGCUCUACUUUAUUGGCGGCGGGUUCGUCGACGAGCAGGGGGACAAGGCCGUGUUUGGCUGCCGAGGAUCGGUCACCGGCCCAGCCCGCAACGGCGACGCUGACGCUGUUUCCAUGUCUUUCUCCGGCAACCGAGGGGACGUGCAUUGCCGGGCCCAAGAGCUCAGCCGCGAGCCGGCGCCCUCGCUUCCUGGCGGCUUCAUUCUCGGUGAGCAUCUCUACUUUACCGGAGAGAGUCCGAUCAUCAAGCGCAGACUUCCGCGCACCGACUUCGAGCUCGAGCUUGACAUCCUCGUGCGCGGCUCGCGUGGUGAGGUGGUGGGCCUGGGUUUGGAGCCGAACAGCCUCGCGAUGCGCUUUUCAAACAAGGCCUGGUGUUCCGAAAACCAACCGGUCAACAUCGCCUCCCUAAGCCGCGACAAUCCGUGCGCCGUGUCGUCCGUGCCCGAGAAUGUAUUGCGAGCGCGCCGAGCGCUCGCCGCGCGCAGGGAGGAGCAGGAGCGGGUUACGGCAGCAGCCGCGUCGCAGACGGCAGAGGACAUUGCAGCGGAGGCGGAGCGGCGGCAGCAGCUCGCGGCGGAGCUCCUGGAGGAGGAAGCGGCGGCCAAGGCUCCGCCUCCACUUCAGGAGGCGGGAGGGAGGAGGAGGAGGAAGAAGAAGCAGAGCGGCUUUCGCGGGUCGAGGAGCAGCGCAGCCGAAGGAGCAGAGAGAUCGGCCGACUGCGACGACUCCACCUCUAGGGGGGCGCCAGCGCGCGAGUCGGCUUCAGAGAGCGACGAGGAGGAGCGCGUGACGCCAGCCGACGAGGCGCGACGGGCGGAGGAGUCGGAGCGGGCGGCGCAGCGAGAGCGGCAGGCGAGGCUGCUCGAGGCAGCGCGGCGGGAGAGGGAGGAGCGUUUGGAGAGGGAGGCUAGGGCCGAGGCCGCGGCCGCGGCUGCGGUGGAGAGCGAGGCUCGCAGCAGGCGACAGCAGGCGGCGCGAGCGGCGGAGGAGGAGCGGAAGCGAGCAGCGCGGGCGGCGCUGGUGGACGAGACGGAGGUGCAGGCGCGGCAGGAGGAGGCGGCGCGGGCCGCGGCACCGCUGAGGACGACGCAUGCUGAGCAGUCCAGCAUGCGGUCGGCGAUCGAGCAGGCGCUCUCCCAGGCUAGGUCAGACGCGGCGGCGGCGAGGGUUCGCGAGGCGACGGCGGGGUCAGAGGCGGAACGGGCGAGGUCAGAGGCAGAACAGGCGAGGUUAGAGGCGGAGGCGGCGAGGGCGAGGGAGGAGGAGGCGAGGGGGCGUGAGGGGGAAGCAAGGGGGCGGGAGGAGGAGGCGAGGACAGAGGCGGAGGCGGCGACGGCACGCGAGGAGGCGCUCACCAUGCGACUCGCGGCGCUAGAGCUAGGACCCCCACCGGCCGCCCCGCCACCGGCAACCGCAAACAACGCUGUGGGAGGAGGCGUCGGAGGCACCUUCCACGGCGCCACGCUGCCGCAGAAGGUCUCGCGGAUCUGUGCGCAUUUGGGGCUGGACGCGCGCUCCUCGCUCUCUGCGGCGGUGGCGGCGGCGAACGAGAGCACAGGGGUCGCCGCUGAGGGAGGGCUUCUGCAGCAGGUGGACCGGCUCAACGCGCUGCUGUUUGAGGCGCCGCGCCAGGCGGGAGUCGCGGUGUAG